GCAGAAGACCAUCUUGAUGAUCGAGCGCCUCCUCAGCAAGUUGAUGGGGGUUAAGGGCCGAGACCUUCUUGGUGUCCCUCUCUUGGACCAGGAGAGGAUGCAGCACAUCUGGCAAGUCCAGAAGAGGCACGUAAAGUGCAUUCAGGACGAACCAGGUGUGCUCCUCUACACACAGACUGGCACCACCACCAAAGAGGGUAUUGUGCUGCCAAACUACAAAUGUGCAAGGGGCUCCACAUCACUGGAGUCCUUUCAUCUCCAUCUGAACAGGUUCAUUCCAGGAACAAGUGCCAACAGCUUGAAUUUCCAGCUGUACCUCCUGGAAGGCCUGAACAGGUGGAAUCACGACCGUAAGAUAGCAUCUCUGGCAGGCAAACCUCAAUCCCUAUUAAACUACUCUGGGGACCUGGUGCACUAUGUCAACACCCAAAGUGUUAAGGUGCUUGGAAGACAGCUUGUGCCAUCUUUUCAGCCACCAUCUGUCUAUACUGGUGAACUCAUAGGUAUAGAUUACCUGUACCGCCAAACAGGGCAGGCCAUGCAGGACGUGGAUCCUGACUGUGAGGCAACAGAUCAGAUGUUGGAGGAUGUGGGCACGGAGGAGGAGUUGGAGGACGAGGGCUUCGGAGAUAGCAGUUUGGACCUCAACCUGGAUCCCACUAUUGAGGUGCUGGACCUGUCCCCUGUCUCAUCAUUCGCCACGACCAGCGUAGCCAGCACUCCUGCCUCUGUCCAGACUGGGUCUGCUAACACCACUACAGCAGCACCUAAGCAACAACUGGGUGCCCUCUGGUCCAUCCGCCAUGAUGACCUACGCCUCCUCUGCUCCAUCCUCCACGACCACCUCCGCCUCCAUCCUUCCUCUCCCGACCACCCUCACUGUCUCCAUCGCUGCAGCCACUGCUCCCCCAGCAGUGCAACCAGUGCCUGAGCAACCGCUGGCUGUGGAUGAGCGCAGUGUACCAGGGAUAGAUAGAGUGGACAACCUGGCAGGCUACUUGGUGGGGCUUAGGGUGGAAACUGGGCAAACUCUGAGCCUGCUUCCAUAUGACCAGCAGAGAGUGGUGUACGCUGCCUGGCACCAGGUGUGUCUUACAACAGGACGCUUCAGGUGCUCAAAAACCAAGCCUGAAUUCACGCCUGGUGUGGACAGCAUGACCCGUUGCGUCCUUGGGUCAACAGGAUCCCCUGCCCAGUGGCCAGACUGUUGCCGCCUGGUAGAGUCUAUUUUUAUUAAACUGUGUGAAAUUCACAGGAGCCCCAAAAAAUUGGGAAAUCAUGGCGUAACAAGAUGGACUCUAAUUCUGAGGGACUACAGCAAGAUCCGGCAGCUGGUCCUGGGCAAUGGGACUGUGAUGGAAAAUACCACCCUGCAAUUGUUUGAAGUGAAUCAAACGACAUUAAUUCAGUGGCACAACAAGCGGCUGAAGAGUCCUGCAUUUGCCCCCAUUGUCCAAACACCUGUUUCUGCUCCUUCACCUGUCAUCCCCAACCCCAGUCCUGCCUUUGCCCCGUUCGUGUUUUUGUGUCCAGCUCCGGUUCCUGCCUUCCGGCAGAUUGCUCCUGCUGGCCCCAUUCCCUCCCCACCACCUGCUCGGAGGCCCUUACAGACUGUGUAGGCCUAAAGCUUUUUUGUUUGUAAAUAGUCCACAACCUGUUACAUAGUGUGUGUGUGUGUGUG